GCUGUACAGUGGUGACUUUUUUCUUUUUCUCUCAAGUUCUCCACUCUGAAAGGAUGCGGGGUUUUUUGCUGCUUGCUUUGUCCCUGGUUACCACCGCUCACACAGAAUUCUGCAGGCCAGAUUCACAGAAUGCUUUCAAAGUGCGGCUUAGCAUCAAAACAGCUUUGGGAGAUAAUGCAUAUGCCUGGGAUGCAAGUGAAGAAUACCUUUUCAAAGCAAUGGUGGCUUUUGCAAUGAGAAGAUACUCCAGCCAGAAGACAACUCAAAUUUCCAAUGUGUUACUUUGUAAUGUAACAGAUCGGGUGUCAUUUUGGUUUGUGGUCACGGACUCAUCCAAAAAUGCAACAACUGUUCCCAGAGGCGAGGUUGAGGCAGCCAUAAGGAUGACCAGAAACAGGAUCAAUAAUGCCUUCUUACUGAAUGACAAAACAAUGCAGUUCUUGAAGAUUUCCUCAACCUUACCACCACCCACUGAAUCCUCUGUACCUAUCUGGCUUGUCGUAUUUGGUGUUGUCCUUUGCCUCAUCGUGGCAGGAAUUCUUUUCCUCAUAGUAUCAGGGAUCCAACAACGCAAAAAAAAGAAUAAGGAGCCUGCAGAGACAAAGAAUUUAGAAGAGAAAUGUGAAGUAACUGUAACAAUAGAAAAUGGGAUGCCCUGUGAUACGCUGAAUUUAAAAACUGGCCAGAUUAACGGAGGCUAUGAAGCUGAUGAUGAACGGUUCACACCUCUAUGAAAUGUUACUUUGUACAUUUGGCUUCUUUUAAAGACUGUACACCCCCUUCAUCUUGUCACUAGAGCUGAACAUCAACUACCAAGAGCAGCAGAAUGCAUCCUUUCACUAUAGGAAGGAAGUUUUCUUUGAUAACACACACAUACACAGAUGCACGUAAUCAAACAUUACACGUUGUUUGGCCACAAUACAGAGUUACUGUUUCUGGGCACAGCAGCUCAGAAGACCAUGAAAUACUGUCCAAAGUUUACCAUGGAAUGGGACUGAAGCCUGAUUUAUGCCCCAUGUUUUGAUAUUAGAGAUUAUUCAAAUAUGUCAUUAUGAUUUGUUCAUUGUUUUCCUACCCUGGAAUAAAUGUGAACCGUGCUGCUCUUC